UGUUGUAUCUAUUAUUUAUGUCAAGCACAAUCUUUUUGUAUAACAGUCGGAGUUACUUUGCGAACGGACCAAAGAACAACAUCCGCUUCGAGUUAAACCUUCUUGUGGACAUUCUGCAGGUUUUGUUUCAAUAAUCAGAUUUUUGUGUCACUUCACAGAUAAGAUAUUAGAGCUGCUUUUGCCUCAUAACGGGGCCCGACUUAUGUCCUCCGUGCGACUGAUUAAAGAUAAAGAUGGCAAACAGGGACUCUGGAGAAGAGAAAAAAGAACUUGAAACAAUAAAGGAGCUUGUGGAUGAACUCUAUAAAUUCAGAGAUUGUUAUUUUGAGACUCACAGUGUGACAGAUGCCAAACGGAAACGGAGUGAUGUCACAGAGAAGAUGAAACAGACCUUACUCAAGCUGGAGGAGAAAGAAGAGCGCAUGAAGCGCCAAGCAGAGUUCCUGUUGCAGAAGGGCAGGUGUCUAAAUGUGGCUUCUGAAUUCAGCACUGUGGCAGAGGAGUGUCUGUCCCGAGCGGUGAAGCUGCAGCCUGACCUCAUCGAGGGCUGGAACACCUUGGGGGAGCAGUACUGGAAGAAAGGAGACCUGAUAGCAGCCAAGAACUGUUUCACCGGAGCCUUGCAGCAGAGCAAGAACAAAGUUUCCCUGUGCAACCUAUCCAUGGUGCUGAGGCAGUUGCCACCAGCAGAUGGCGACACUAAGGGAAAGCUGGUGCAGGAAAGCAUGGACUUGGCCCAACAGGCUGUCCAGCUGGACGAGACAGAUGGGAGGUCCUGGUUUAUCCUGGGAAAUGCUUAUCUCCUCUUGUUUUUCAACUCUGGACAGAAUCCACAGCUGUCCCAAAAAGCUAUAGCCACCUACGCUCAGUCUGAAGAAGUGGACAAAGUUGCUUCAUCCUACCCGGAGCUGCAUUACAACAGAGCCAGCCUGUUCCAGUAUGAGGAGAUGUUCAACCUCGCGCUCGCUGGCUACAGCCGCGCGUUUGCGCUUGACCCCGAGUGGGAGGAGGCUGCAACUAAAGAGCAGCAGCUGCUGGACUAUCUGGGGAAAGUCACAGAACUCAUCCAGAACAAGGGGAAGGUGAAGGCGCGCCGCUUAAGGACGAUGCUGUCCAACCUCAACACCUCAGCUUUGGGUCCCUGCUUGUCACCAGAGUUCCGAUCCCCUUCCGGUCGGGUGGGCAGCCUGGAGCCCCGAACCCUGUCCUCCCUUAAGCACGGCGUCAACGUGGGCGUGGCCGCACUGGGCAAGGUGGUGUUCAGCCUGGCCUCUGAGGGUCGCUUAUCCUUUACGUUUGGGAUGGUGGACAGCGAGGAGACGUGCCUGGUGGUGAUGGUGUACAACAUGGCGGACAGCUGGGGCGUGCUGAUAGGAGACACUGUGGUGGUUCCUGAACCGCAGGUCAAACGUCACAGUGUUACGCACAGAGAUCAGACGUUCGACUUCAGAAGUAUAAGAGUCGACUCGCCUCUGCUCCUCAUCGUCAACGGCAAGCAUCAGAACCUCCGGAGUCAGAGCGCCGCCACUGUCAGCUACAAGCCUCACGAGUGAGCCGGCGACAUUAAGAAGGGAAA